UCCCUUUCUCCUCAUAUUCUCUCUUCUCAGUUCUGAAUUCCUUCACUCCCUGUUUCCGUUCUCUUAUCUUCCAAUCCCAAAUACUUCUUCUCCUCGACCACUUCCAAACCAUUACAACUUGAGCCGAACCAUUCCACAACUGCAUCGGUCCAUUCUUCUUUUACUUUCACAUCAACCUCCUUCUUCUUCUCUUCUUAAUCAUUGGGUUUCGCACCACGAAAGUUCUCUUCCAUAUUCAGUCACCUUCUUGUCUCCUCUCUGCUCCCCCACUCCCUUUCGCAAUUUUCCAUACAGGGGAAAGAAAAAAGAAAAAGGAGAAACAAAGUUGGAAUCUUUUGAUCGUAGCAACUAGCAAACCGCUUUCAGUUCCACUCUUCAGUAAUACCCACUUCCCAGAUCUUGAUCUUCGUCCCCUUGCCUCUGCCAUUCUGCAAUCCAAUUCCCGGAAGCCCUAAAAGCUGCUCCGUCGUCGUAAAAUGAAGCACACCCAUUUGGUGGAAUUACUCUUAGCAUCAUCAUUUUCGGCCGCUGUCCUGCUCAUUCUCCUCGUAGUAGCCCUCCUGGUUUGCAUAAGGAGAAGGGGAAGGAAACCCCAAUACGACGUCGAAGUUACAGACCAGGAGAAUAAGAAACAGAGUGGCGAGACGACAGGGGCAGAGGAUUUGGUGAGGUUCCAAGGUGGGCAGGAGCUUACUGUCACCGACAUUCUCGACGCCCCUGGAGAAGUCAUCGGCAAAUCCAACUAUGGUACCCUUUACAAAGCCCUUCUGCAGAGGAGCAACUGCGUCAGGCUGCUUAGGUUCUUGCGGCCAGUUUGUACUGCGAAGGUUAAGGAUUUUGGUUGCGUCGUUCAGUUUCUGGGUUGCAUCCGGCACCCUAAUUUGGUCCCUCUUUUGGGGUUCUAUGCUGGCCCUAGAGGCGAGAAGCUCCUUGUUCAUCCUUUCUUCAGGCGUGGCAAUCUGGCUCAUUUCAUACGAGGCGGAAAUGGCGAGUCUCACAAAUGGACAACCAUCCACAGGCUAUCUAUUGGUAUAGCCAGAGGCUUCGACUACCUCCACACAGGACUCCAGAAGCCUGUGAUUCACGGCAACCUCAAGUCGAAGAACAUAGUCCUCGACCGCAGCGGGUCCCCUUGCAUAUCGGAUUUCGGCCUGCAUCUCCUCCUGAACCCUACAGCGGCGCAGGAAAUGCUCGAGACAUCUGCAGCCGAGGGGUACAAAGCUCCCGAGCUCAUCAAAAUGAAAGAUGCAAGCGAAGAAACUGAUAUCUACAGCCUAGGAAUAGUGUUGCUCGAGCUGCUCUCGGGGAAGGAGGCUGUGAAUCCGAAUCCAACUCAAGAUGAUGAUUUUUACCUUCCGACAUCAAUGCGAAACGCAGUGCUUGAUCGUAGAAUCGCAGACAUUUACCAUCCGGACAUUCUUUUAGACAGUGGGAGUGAGAGUGAGAAUUCUGUCAGGGAAGAGUGCAUAUUCAAGUUCUUUCAGCUUGCAAUGUCUUGCUGUUCCCCUUCUCCUUCUCUUAGACCCAACAUCAAGCAAGUGGUGUGCAAGCUCGAUGAGAUGGGAAGAUAACAACAUCUGAAGGAGCAGAAGUUACUCGGUCUUUUGUGGGUAGGCUUGAAUGAAGAAAAAGUUGAAAUCUUUGGUGGCAGAAACCCAAACCCAGAGAGGCAUGUAGCUUGCAUGCAACAUCCAUGGAUGACAUAAUCGGCUUCUAGCUAGCUUCAGUUACUAACUCGAGGUAAUAAUAUACAGACAUCCAUGGGGCCAUGUUCCACAAGAAAGCAGGAAUUGGUGUAUCGGCUUUUGUCGGGUCUUCUGGGAAAUGCUUUACGUGUCGAAAAGCAUCAUCAGACUAUACAGAAAAGAAAAGAUUGGUGCUUUAUCUGGUCCCAGAACGCAUUUGUAGAGAACAAGGCAUGCACGUUCAUCAGAAAGAGCCAAUCGUCAAACAGGAAGAAAAAAAAGUGUCAAGUUUUCUGUCGUCUACCUGAAGCUAACAAAACCUUGGUGGGUUGAAAUAGAGACUAGACUAGAUUUGGGUGAUCUUGCUUGCCUGUGUAAGGGGAAUGAUAUACUCGGGUAGCAAGUUUUGGUUGGCGGGUUUUCCUUUGUGGAAAACUUCCAAACGAAAGAGUCCAAGGGAGAGAAAACUUUGACCACAAUUGCAGGGUAAGUUAUUUUAUUCUCUUGUCCUUUUUUUCUUAUGAUAGCGACACAGAAGGAAUUAUUACCAUGUAAUCGAAACAGAGUAGUAG